AUGAACCUGUCUUCUGAGCACUGCAACAUAUCAGAUUGGCUGAGGCUAGAAGCAACAGUGAAGGCCUCUGUCUAUGUGGUCACCUUCUCCUUUGCCACAGUCAUCACUGUCAUCAUUAUGGCGAUAGUGUCACAGAAUUCAAAGCUGUGGGGAGAGGCCUGAUACAUCCUUCUUUGCCAGCAUCUGCUGUGCAUCUCUUCCUACUGUGGCCUGGGGAUCAUUUUCCAAGGAAUGCGGGCACUCCUGGCCAACAGCCCCCUGCUGAUAUGCUGAGUGGUGUUUGGAGUCAAGCUGAGCGUUGGAGAUGGGAUUCUCUUCACGCUGGCCUUGAUGGCUCUCAACACUUACGUGGCGAUUUGCUGGCCACUGAGAUAUCUGUCCUUUGUAGAUUCAGUUAAGUACAGGAUUCUGGCUGGGACUUGGAUGACCAUUAUACUCAAGAAUGUUUGCUUGUUCGUCAUAGAGGGCACUAAACCCACUGUGGUUGCAGUUUUAAAAUCGGAACCCCUUUGCCCUGUGAUCUUCAACGGCACUCCUGCCAGGGCCACUGGCAUGGUUUUUAUUUUCCUUCUUUUGUCUGUCAUUCUUAUAAGCUACUCUCUGAUAUACCACAAAGGGAAAUGGGCUGGCCAUUUUAAUAGGUCAAAUAUCAAAGCAAAGAAAACAGUCCUUAUUCAUUUAGUGCAGAUAAGCUUACAUAUCAUACCACCCCUGAUAUUCAUAGGUUUGGGGAAGGUGUGUGGGGUAUUUUUCUUUGCUUUGAAUCUGGUGGUUUUUGGCGUUUUUGCAUUUGCCCAGUGUUUUAACCCUCUGAUCUAUGGGCUCUGGAAUAAAGAGCUGCAAAGCAGAUUACACCACUGGAUGUGUUUUCAGUUAUGCAGGGCAACCUUCAGUCUGGGUCCGGGUCAGUGGCAUAGAAGGGGAAGUGGCACAGUGUGUCCACAGAGGGCAGAGCCCAGUGACGGGAGCCCACAGCAGACACGCUCAGGUUGCAUUUGGGAGGGCAGUGGCACUGAUGAGAGGGGCAUAGGCAAGGACACCACGGGGCAGGAUGUAGAAGGGAGUCCUGGGGCAGAACCAGAGUGGGAGCCCAGCCUGUCAAACAUCAAGACAUGGCCUGGUGCAUGGGGAGUGAGAGUCCAACUACCCAAUGGGGACCAGGAGGGAGGUGUGGAGGGAGAGGCGCCGGCGGGAACUGGGGCUGCACGUGGCACUCGCGGGCCAGUGCCAGUUCCAGUGGGUGUGGGCUGGGCGGGCCCUGCACACGGAGCGGCCGGCCUGCGCCACCGGCCCAGGGCAGUGAGGGGCUUAGCACCCCGGCCAGCAGCUGCGGAAGUUGCGCUGGGUCCCCCAGCAGUGCCGGCCCGCCAGCGCUGCAUUCAAAUUCUCACUGGGCCUUUGCCUCCCUGCGGGGCAGGGCUUGAGACCUGCAGCCUGCCAUGUGGGAACUCCUCCCCUGCGGUCUGGAUGACUGUCCUCACCGUCGAAUUCUUGCUCGAGGCCCCGGGCUGUCUUCUGGAAAGUGGCUCUCCUGGGUUCCUCAGGGUUCUACCCAACCUCUCUGUAAGUGAUCAGAUGCCAGUAGCUGCUAAAGGGGAAGAGUGUCCCCUCUGCCAGUGCACCUGA